AUGCAGCUGUCCACCCUCUUUUCAAUCGUUCUCCCUCUGGCCCUGGCUUCCCAGGCAGCUGCCCAGAAGUCUUUCUGCAGAGCUGCUGUCGAUAGCAGUGGCGAUUUUAGCGGAUGCACGAGUAUUAGGGGCGUCUGCACAACUGCUUGCCCGCGCGAAUGCGGUGCUGCAUUCAAGUUGCAGAGCGUCAACGUCGGCGAAGGUGCUUGUGCUUGCUUCUGUACCAAGUAA